UUUGGAAUAACGCUUUCCUAUAAAAUUUGAUUGUGUUUCUGCUAAUGAGAUCUUUCAAGCCCACUGCCUCUUAUUUGGUAGGUCUUACUACAUUUUAUUUGAGGAGCUUUGUUAAAAUGCAUGGUCAUUUCAGAUGCUAAGCAAGUAGGGAUCUUGUUCCUGCUUUGCAAAAGCAGUAGUGAGUGCUGGAGGCCUUCCUUGUAGGAGUUUGUUUUUUAAUCUCUUCAGAAGACCAAACACUUCUGGAGGAAAGCCUUUGAUCUCAAGUAAUCUGGUCUGUUUAACUCUGGUGCAAGGGAGACUGGACUAGACUCUCUCUAGGGGAAUUUCUUCCAGCCUCAAUGUUAUGGUUCUGUUCCAGAGGCUAUAAUUUGAAAACUUCUUUUGGGAUCUGACAUCGUUUGAGCAGCUGAAGUGAGUAGCAGUUUGGAUUUGAAGAUGCCUUCAAUUAAACUGCAGAGUUCAGAUGGAGAAAUCUUUGAGGUUGAUGUGGAAAUUGCAAAACAGUCUGUGACUAUAAAGACUAUGCUGGAAGAUUUGGGAAUGGAUGAUGAAGGUGAUGAUGACCCAGUCCCUCUUCCAAAUGUUAAUGCAGCCAUUUUAAAAAAGGUGAUUCAGUGGUGCACCCAUCACAAGGAUGAUCCACCUCCUCCUGAGGAUGAUGAGAACAAAGAAAAGAGAACAGAUGACAUCCCUGUGUGGGAUCAAGAGUUUCUGAAAGUAGACCAAGGAACACUUUUUGAACUUAUCCUGGCUGCAAACUACUUGGACAUCAAAGGUUUGCUGGAUGUCACAUGCAAGACAGUGGCAAACAUGAUCAAGGGGAAAACUCCAGAAGAAAUUCGCAAGACAUUCAAUAUUAAGAAUGACUUCACUGAAGAGGAAGAAGCACAGGUGCGUAAAGAGAACCAGUGGUGUGAAGAGAAAUGAAGUAUUGUGCCUGACACUCAAACACUGUAAGGAUUAUUCCAAAUACUAGUUGCACUGCCCUGUUCAUAAUUGUUAAUAUUAGACAAAUGCAGCAGCAAAUGAAGUUGUGUUAGCAGGAUGUUGUUCCCUUUGCAUGUGUAGUGUUUUUUUUGAGUACGGAUUUAGAUCUGAAUUUUAACUAGUGUAAUUGGAUGUCUUUUUACUUUGCAAUGAAUAAAACAGAACUAAGUGUGGAUUCUGUAUGGGAAGUAGCACUUGAGGUUAUCAUUUUCAUUAUACUUUUAAACUGUUGAAGUCCAGUUACAGUGCUAAGGAUUGUUGUAAAUAAAAACAUCUAUGACUUCUUCCUCAAGAGGAGCAAAACACAUGUAUUUACAGGGUAUUGAUAACUUCAGAAAGAAAAACAAACUAGAAUAUGUCUUGGGGAACUAGAUAAUGUAAAAAUGUUAUUGGAUUUCUUACAAAAACAUUGUGGAGAAAAGUUAAGUGUUACUUAAAGCUAUAUAAUUAUCAAGAUUGUUCUUGUCCUGCAUUUAAAAAAAAAAUGACCACUUUCUUGUCCUUUUACUCUUGCCUUAUAGACUAGUGAAAAUGUGAUUUAGAACUAAACAAGCUCCUGACAGUUAAAUUUGAAUACUUCAGCUAUGUCUUGAAGACCUGCCUCUAGGUGAUAGCAAAUAAAGUGUGUUGCUUUAUGCACAGGAUGGGUGUGGUUUUAUACAUUUUACUGUUUCAAGUGGAAUCUAGAUUUGACCAAAAAUGACUGACAUUACCAAAGUUAAUAUUAUUGACCUGUGCAUACAAUUAGUGGCUGGUUGUAAGGCAGUUUUAAAGACCCUUAUGAGGUAGCUCUAGGAAAUAUGGUUUCAUUUGUCCACAGGGAAUCUUAUGCCUCUGUAUGUGCUACUUCAGCUUGUAGAGACUUAAUUAUUGCAUACAAAGCUAAUGCACUAGCAAGCUUAUCUUCUUUGGACAAAGCCACUUGCAACUAGUUAAACUGGUUUUCUGAUAUUUUUUUUUUUUUUUUUUUACAGUUCCCUUAUAGGGAGUAGGGGAUGGUUGUGUGGUAGAUCUUUGAGGUGUGCUCUUAGCUUGUAUUGCAUUCCAUUCUCUGUAUAAACCUUAGAGUAGAAUGAACCUUAAUAAACAUACUUAUCUCACCUGAAAUA